GCACUGCAAUGUUGUGUUGUUUUCCUUUUUAUUAAAUGAAAAUGCUCUAAUUUCUAUUAUUUCGCUUCAGACCACAUAUGCAGCAGCUUCCGUGUAUCGAUGGAAAAUGUUUCAAACGCCACCACAGUCGUGUUCUACCACUAUAAACGCGUUUAAUGUACGAUCUACGGUUUGCGCCACUUGUCUCAGCAACAAUCGAAUUUUGCAUCCUCUCACGGACUAUCCACACCUUUUAAACAUUUGUGUUGGCCUUAUACUGGAUCCUGAAGACAACAUCUGCUGGGAGUGCUGCGCGAUCCUCACCAGAGCGUGGAAGUUUGUGCAACUUGCUCACCGCGCCAGCACCGUGCUGAGAUGCUUGUCACAGAUAGAUAAGGCUCCAAACUACGGUCAGCAAGGCAUUCUAGUUCAAAGUCUUUCCACACUCACCCAGAGUAAGCUCAAGGACACAUACAAUGCCAUCUACAGACAUGUGGAGAAAAAACAUGUGCAGCCAGAGACACAGGUUUCCAACAGUUCAUUUAUACCACCUCCGUGGGACCUGGAGGAUCUCAAUCCUCCACAUCAGAGCCCACUGCCUAGACCGCAGAAAAUGAGUAGUGAAUACCAACAAAUGUAUGUAAAGGAAGACUUCAUUCAGCCAAAAAAAGAGUUUAUGUCAGUGAAUUGUGAGUUUGAUAUGGACUGCGGGGUCAAACAAGAACUUGACACAACGGAGGGGGAACAUGCAAUGCCAGAUGUCAUUGUUAAAGAGGAACCAACUCCCCAUUUCACCGUGGUAACAAUCGAAACACCCAACAAAUUAACGAAAUCAGAAGCAAAACAAAUGAAAUCAAAGUCAAACAAAUUAACAACAUGUCAAGGAAAACAAAUGAAACGAAUGCCAAAUAAUAUAAAGAAAUCAAAACCUGAUGUUGAUGAUAAAUCAAUGAAGAUAUUUAUGGAACAAGCUAAAGACAUUGAAGAUGAUGAUGAUGAUGAUAGGAAUCCCCAAACGGAAGAACAGAAAGAAUAUGUGGAGAAACUCCUGAAUGAACAAGAAAUGUUAGCCUUCAGAGAGAGAAUGAAGGAUUUUAAGUUUUACAAGACCAGUCGACAUCGUUGUGUCAAGUGCAUAGUUUCAUUCGCUUCCGAAAAGUCUUUAGAGCUUCACAACACUCAACAUAGUGAGAAGUUAGGUUCAUUUGCGUGUCGGAUAUGCGAGCAGAGGUUUCCUGACUCAUCUGUUGUCGACUUACAUAUCAAAACACAUUAUAAAAUUUACGUUUGCUCCGCUUGCGCCUUCGAGCACUAUCAGGAGCGGAGCGUGAAGGAACACAUUAAGAGGUCACACGACAUGAGGGUGAAGAAAUGUAAAAAGUGCAAUGAUGAAUUUGUCGGCCAGCUUACCCUAAGGCGACAUAAGAGGAUGGUGCACAACAGGGUCACGUGUCUGAUCUGCUACAAAAAACUGAGCACCAUCAACAUGAAACGACACAUGCAAAUGGUACAUGGUGAGGUGGAAAAGCUUGAGUGUCCAGUAUGUCAAAGGCUGUGCCCGGGAGAACUGCGGCUAAAGCAACAUAUGAAAACACACAAGCAGACGGGUUCCGAGGACGCGUUCUGUGCGGAGUGUGGUAUUCAGUUCAAAAACCCGUACUUAUUGAAAUCUCACAUUAAGUUUAACAAGAGACAUAACGGGAAUGACCAACUUAAAUACGAGUGCGAUGUUUGCGAGAAAAGAACUGCGACGAAGACCGCGAUGCAGUACCACAUAGAGGCGGAACACUUGAAGCUCGCCAACUAUCUGUGUGAAAUCUGCAAUAGGCGGUUCGACGCGGCCAGAGCGUACAAGCGACAUGUGAGCGCGCACACGGCUCGAGAGGAGGCGAGGACGCACGUGUGCGAUGUUUGCGGUAAUGCAUUUAAGCAUCGAAAGACUCUAAGCGAGCACAUGAACCGGCACACGGGCCUCCGACCAUACGAGUGUAAAAUAUGCGGCGCUACAUUCGGAUUUAAGGCGUCACUUUACACACACAACAAGCUCGUGCACCUCAAGCAGAGUCGAGCGAAGAAGAAGAAGACUGAUGUUCAGUGAUAGAUGGGUAUAGGAGUCUCUAGUCAGGCAUUUUAAGGAAUGGCUUAAUUAAUUGAAUGUUUGUGGCUAUGAUGUUAAUACGGACUAGAUGGAGUGUCAGUGCAA